AUAAACAAAAAGGUAUUCCAGAGGUUGGUGGUCGAAGAAAUGGCAUCAAUGGCAGGGUUUUGCGGUUCCUCUCAGGCUGUGUUGGAAGGUAGCCUUCAUAUUAGUGGCUCAACCGGAUUGAGUGUGGCUGGCAGCAGCAGCAGCAGCAGGUCCUCCGUCCCCCGGUCUGGGUUGAUGAUCAGAGCUCAGCAAGUGCCUGCUGAGACAGAGACCAGCCGCAGGGCCGUUCUUGGCUUGGUCGCGGCCGGUGUCACCUCUGCCUCGUUCGUUCAAGCCGUUCUCGCUGAUGCUAAGCCCAUCAAGCUCGGCCCCCCGCCCCCUCCCUCCGGUGGACUCCCUGGGACUCUGAACUCAGACCAAGCAAGGGACUUGGAUCUGCCACUUAAAGAUAGGUUCUUCCUGCAACCACAAAGCCCAGAGAUGGCGGUGGCGAGGGCGAAAGAGUCAGCCAAGGACAUCAUUAAUGUAAAGGAAUCAAUAGAGAAAAAGGCUUGGCCAUUCGUCCGCGAUGACCUUCGUCUCAAAGCAGAGUACCUCCGUUAUGAUCUCAAGACAAUCAUUUCUGCCAAGCCUAAGGAAGAGAAGCAAGCCCUUAAGGAUCUCACUGGAAAGCUCUUCCAAGACAUCAACAACUUGGAUUAUGCAGCAAAGAUCAAGAGCAGCUCAGAAGCAGAGAAGUAUUACGCUCAGACUGUGUCAACCCUCAACGAUGUCCUCGCCAAGAUUGGUUAGAACAACAGCUUUUGUGCCAAUGUGAUGUGAAAUUAUUUGUGAACACACCCGCUUGAACUAAUGUUAUAUUCAGCCUCUAAAGCACGUUUACAAUUUAAUAGAGUUCUACCACAUAUUUUCGUUAUAGAUUUACAAAUAUUUGUUCG